ACUGUAACCUAUGACAUAAAUAAUAAACGUCACUUUCCCAGCGAUAAUCUCAAAACAUUUAUUUGGAAUUGAUACUGAAGAAUAGAGCAAAAGUACGCUUCGGAGAGAAAAAAAAACAAACAUGCUAGCCCAACCCCUUUUGGUAAAGACGAGCACGGGCGGGGGUACGUUUGUCCAAUCAGCGUCGCGCCUGCGGUAGGCCACACGAGAGUGGUUGCUCCGCCUCCCGCAGUUACCUCUAGUUCGGCACGUUCACGCGGUGUCCAGCUGAGCUACUGAAGACUGUUUGCGUCUCGGCGCACGUACAGACGGGCAUUAUAGAAAGCGCAUAUAUAAGGAUGCACGUUUGCGUUUCCACUCAGACGUUAACAGGUUUGUGAACAGCGUGACACGAUCGUCACCUCCAAGGUCUGUUGUAAGUGAAGUUUUUGGCUAAUGGAAUAUCUCCGCGUUAUCUCCAGCGUGUGAGGAUUUGCUCACUUUGUAUCUGGGACUGAGAUUAAGCCGUGCGUGAGUCGUUUUGGGCACAAUGCCGCUAUUGCAGCACGUAAUGCAGCUGGAUCUGGAGAAACUGGCGCUGCAGCAUAUAGUCCCCUGCCUCCUGGAACGCGGCUUCUUCUAUCUGGAUAACUUUUUGGGGGACCUGGUUGGCCAAUGCGUGUUGGACCAAGUGAAAGAAAUGCACGCCUCGGGUCUUCUCCAUGACGGACAGCUGGCGGGUCGCCGCACUGGAGUGUGCAGAAGACACAUCCGCGGGGAUAAAAUCGCCUGGGUCAGCGGGGUAGAGAAAGACUGCGAGGCGAUCAACUUCCUGCUUUCGUUGAUUGACAAGCUGGUGAUUCUGUGCGUCGGGAGGCUCGGCAAACACGACAUUAAAGAGCGCUCGAAGGCAAUGGUCGCUUGUUACCCGGGUAAUGGCACUGGGUAUGUGAAACAUGUGGACAACCCGAACGCUGAUGGCCGUUGUGUUACCUGCAUUUACUACUUGAACAAAAACUGGAAUGCAAAGGAUCAUGGAGGAGUUUUACGAAUAUUCCCAGAGGGCAAGUCUUACGUAGCGGAUGUGGAGCCGAUCUUCGACCGGCUGCUGUUUUUCUGGUCAGACAGACGAAAUCCACAUGAGGUGCAGCCGUCUUAUUCCACAAGAUACGCCAUUACGGUGUGGUACUUUGACGCCGAGGAGAGAGCCGAAGCGAAAAAGAAAUUCAGAGACUUGACAGCUUCUUCACAGGAGCCGAAUUUAACCGCAUGAUGCAAAGUGGGCAGCUGGGAUCCCCCCCUGAGGACGCCUCCUGUGCUCCAAAGAUAACCCAUCAGGAUGUUUGGCCUGAGAAAAGACUUUUUUUUUUUAUGGACUCGUGACCCACUUGGUACUGAUGGAAUGCGGGGUGACAAGCAGAAUGCCGUCCGGGGGGGGUGUUGCCAAAUGGGGGGAGAGAGAGGCGCCCCCCGUUGAGCACUUUAGGACUGCGUCCACUCCACGUUGAGGAAAGGUGCAUGGUGGGUUGGCAUCACCCCGAUUACUGGAGAUGGCAGCAAAGACGCAAGGCCUUGCCAUAUUUAAAAACAAAAUGGAGUUGACGUGGACAGUUGUGGUCUUUUAAUGCAUUGGCUUCCCUAUCCAAUCCUGAUUGUUGACUUGAAAAAGACGGAAAUGACGAAGGGGAGCCUCUUUGUUGAGCGAGUGCCAGUGAGGACGCUGAGAUAAUUAAUGAUCUUGUUUUUACUAAAUUAUUAACUGAAUUAUUUUCUAAGAAAAGACAAACAAUUUUUGGGUCUUUUUUUUUUGUUUUCAAUUUGCAACGUUCGCAGCUGCACUUCCUUGAAACUCCGCUCUCGGGAGAGCCUGCCGGGUUUUGGUGCUUAGUUUUGAAUUUCAAGGCUGGGCUUCCUGCUGUUAUUCCUACUUGAAAUGCUCAUCUGGUGUUCCGGCCACUCUUUUGAAUCGGGAAAGACGCCAACAGAUUGUCGCCAGCAGCCAUUUUGUUUCCCAGAGUUCAUCACUCUUUUGUGACAUUUGCUAGGGAAUUGCAACUCCUCCUGCCUUGGGCCCAGUGCUGCCAGGAUCGACCCCUGGCUCCCCACAAUCCCUCGCUGAUCAGUAGCAACUUGUGGGCGGGGUCUCGCGCUAUAAUAUGCAAAAUAGAGCUUCGUUCAUUCGAUACAGUGUAGCCAAGAAACCGUUGGGACUCAUGAAAUCAACAUCGAGAUUUAAGGUCGACUUUAUACCGCGGUGUGGAGUCUUCGCCGUCAAAAGCGGUUUCUAAUUCUGCGGCCCACCGCGCUGAUGGUCCAUGACUGCACGCUAGGCGAACGUUUUGGCUCCUCCCAUUUCUCCACUUUUUGUUACCUUUGCCGACAUUCUCACCGAUGUUGGCUGAUUAUUUUGUAUUUAUAUCUGAUUUGUAGCAUUUUGACAAGCGGGGAUGCCACGUGUGCAGUGAAAUGGAGCUACUUUUGAUACUGCGGUCGUGUGGAGAAGCGAAACUUAUUGUUGGUUUGGGCGACCGCACCUUUUUAGCACAAAACCACACACCAUCAAAAGACACCAAUUUCUCUCCCACCCAUGAUGUUGACAGGGGCAAUACUCCCCUGGGGGAACU